CUAAGAAACACAGCUCAUUGUUGGCAAGGGCUGAUGAGAAAGUCACAGAGGAGCGAGGGACGAACGGCUUGGAAUCUUUCCGCUUCAGCAGCACCAGCGACCAUUAUUACUACCGACUCACGUAGGCUCAGAGGAGCAGAAAGAGACUCGCGUGCUGUAUGCUGGGAGAGCUUUACGGACUGAUUUUACCAACACGUUUAAAGUAACAGAAGAAAGAGAGGGCGUGAGGCUGGAAAUGGCAGACCACAUGAUGGCCAUGAACCACGGGCGCUUUCCUGAUGGAACCAAUGGGCUUCAUCAUCAUCCUGCACAUCGAAUGGGAAUGGGUCAGUUUCCCACCCCUCACCAUCAUCAGCAACAGCAACACGCCUUCAGCGCUUUGAUGAGUGACCAUAUACAUUACGGAGGUGGAAAUAUGAAUGCAAACAGUGGGAUCAGACAUGCAAUGGGGCCAGGGAAUGUGAAUGGGGCUCACCCUCCAAGCAACAUGCCACCUACAGCAAGGUUUACUGGCUCCCAGUUCAUGGCUCCUGCAGUUGCAACCCAAGGGGGGCCCUUAACAGCCAGCAUGCAGUUGCAGAAGCUCAACAAUCAGUACUUCAGCCACCAUCCUUACCCUCACAGCCACUACAUGCCAGACUUGCACCCUACCAACCAUCAGCUCAGUGGAGCAGCCCAGCAUUUUAGAGACUGCAACCCAAAGCACAGCAGCAGCAGCAGCGUGCCUGCCUCUGUGCCCCACGUCCCUGCAGCAAUGCUGCCUCCCAAUGUCAUAGACACUGACUUCAUAGAUGAGGAGGUCCUCAUGUCCUUAGUCAUAGAAAUGGGCUUGGACCGCAUCAAGGAGCUUCCGGAGCUGUGGUUGGGACAGAAUGAGUUUGAUUUCAUGACAGACUUCGUUUGCAAACAGCAGUCCAGCAGAGUGAGCUGCUGACUUCUUGUGAAACAAAGGACUUUUUAUCUGUGUGAAUGAAAACAUUCCCUCGAGAGACAGUAUUUCAAAGGCUUUUAGGAGCUUGAGUAUCUGGGAAGCAGAGUAAACUAUACUCUCUCUUUUAAUUGUGCUCAUUUCUUUAUUUUUAAUCUUGGAUUUCUGCCCUCCCCUCCUGUAACAAUUUUAAACAACUCAGUCUUUAGAAUUUCUCAGUCUCUAUUUUUUUCCGCACUGGUAAUAUGCCAAUUAUUUCAUGAAUAUUGGCAAAUUGCUUAAAUGUGUGGAUUUUCUGUAAGCUAUUAUUUCAGAUGACUAGGACAGCAUUCAGAUUCUGAGUUAAAGGACAAAAAAAAUGCAUUAGUUGGUUGCAUGAAGUUCAGGGUAGAUUCCUGCACAAAUACUGCCCUCUUGCUUUGUUUUUAACUAUGCAUUGCCGUGAUACUAACUUUUAGUCUGCUUAAACUGGAAACUUAACAAAUGCGGGCCAAACCUUCCCUAAUCAGGAAAAAUAAACCGGUUCCUUAAACUCUGCUAUGGUCCCCCUCUCCAUCUGUACAGACAAUAAUAUAGUGUGAAUGGAAUGGUCUCUUGUUUGGGGGGGGGUGGAAUUUCACAAUUUUUUAAUUUUAUUUUUGUUCUAGCUCUUUCUGCAGCAUAUCUUUAUUUUGGCAUCAUGCUUACAUAGUUUAUGCAGUACAAUGGGAAAAUACUACUGUGUUGAAAGCUUUUUAGGAAAUUUGACAGUAUUUUUGUACAAGACUUUUUUUGAGGAUAUACUUGUUAAUUUAUUCUAUUUUAAUUUGCCAGUGUCAAUUUAAAGAAGUUGAGAGAUGCUUUAAAUAUUUCUAGACAUCAUUUAUCAAAAUGUUUUUUUCUUUAACUUAUCCUUCUCUCCCCCCACAAAUGUUGGAUAUGCAUAGUCUGUCUGAAUUGUUGAACUGUUGGGUUCUGCAAGAAAUAUUUUGAAGGAGAAGUUACAUGACACCAUUGUAUUUUGUAUGUCAUGAUCAGUGUGGAAGGUGAAAAGGAUUUAAGCAAAACUAUGACAUCACAGUUUCAUACAUAACAUUGUAACAUGCCUGUGUAAUUUUAUCAAAAGUAAAAUUGCCAAGAGGCAACAAUUUUGUGAUUUGCCAACUUACUUGCUUUAAAUGUAGUUGUCCAGAAUUAUGAUGCAUAAAGUAUUUAUUCUAUUUAUCUAUUAAACUUUAAUUUUUAUAAAUGCUGUCAUUUGAUAUAUCUAUAAAACUUGGUUCUGUACAUACAAUAAAUUCACAUUGUGCUGAAGGAUUUCAGGAGAGAUGGGAGUCCAAGAACGCUGCAAAUUUUUGUUACUUGUAUUAGGCAUAAAACUGUUUUAACAGGUGAUAAAACUUGUAUGACAUGUGAGAGACUAUUAGGAGAGAAAGAAAGGAAACAGAGCUCUGGUAAUGUUGGGAAAUGUUUUAUUAAGAAGCUAAACCAGUUGCUACAGAUGGAAAGUGAAUGAAAACUACAGUCUUCAACACUUUGGCAUGGGCAGGCAUAACAUUUUUACUUUAUAGCACAUAUAUGCUUGAUCAUUUUUAGUACUGUUGGUUUUUCUAAAUCGUCACUUAAAAACUAACCCGAGUAAAGGAUCGAGCAUUUAACAAUGUGUAUGAUGCCAUUUGACAAAGUUGCAGCAGUUUAAUGCUAAACCUCACUCCUAGCCUACUUUGUUCUAUUGAUUGUAAAAGUUUACACUGCCUUCUCUUGCUGUAGUAACAGCAAAGAUGCCAUGUUUAUUAAUGUUCCAAAACAUCAGUAUAAGUUACAUGAUGGAAAUAUAACCGUUAUAUUAUACGUGAUACAGUUUGGUACAAAAUAGAAAAGUUUUUUGAUUAGCUA